AUGACCAUUCCGCAACAUGCGCCAAUCAGGAAACCGUUGCUUGGCUUUUCCACGUGGUCUACACAAAUCCUUGACGACGUACCUGGAUACGGUGGACGACAUAUUCAACCAUGGUUCAAUGAAGAAUCAUUACGUGAGAUAUCCGACGUGAUGAAAGCUAAAAUGCCACAAUACGAAUUCAUCAAUCUUGAUUCUGGAUGGAGCGACACCUGUGAUCGAUAUGGACGAUGGAUGUAUCGAACCGAUUUAUUUCCUAAUGGACUCAGUGCUCUAUCCGCGCAUCUUGCCAAGAAUCAUCAAAAGUUGGGAGUUUAUAUUCUUCCGGGUAUCCGGCAAGACGCAGCCGAAGCCAAUUUACCCAUCAAAGGAUGUCCCUGUCACCGGUUAGGCGAACUCGUCAAACAGAAAAAGGAAGGCAAUGGUUUCAAGGGAGCUACUUACAAGCCUGAUCAAUACAAUGACCUGGUGCAAGCGUAUUAUGACUCGAUGGCGGAUUUAUUUGCAGAAUGGGGCGUUGGUUAUGUCAAAGUGGAUGGAUGUGGACCCAAUAGCGAUAUCCAACACCCGGCACCUGAUACACGAGCUGAUCUUGCCAUGAUGCACAAGGCAUUUUCGCGCCAUGGGAUUAUUAUGGAAUUGUCAUGGUACCUGGAUCCGAAGUAUGCGAGUGAUUGGGCAGCCGUUGCGAAUGGUGCACGUGUUUAUUCCGACAUUGAAAGCUACUCCACAAAGACCAUGACAUCCUCACAUCGUGUAUUUCAACGAAUGGGACCUACAUCCAAAUGGUGCAGCAGCAUGGAUGCCAUAGGAGGAAACAACAAGAACGCGUUUUAUGUGGAUUUGGAUGUGGUCCUAGUGGGCAUGACCAUUGAUGGACGUGGAUGUAUCGAUGGGCUUGACAAUGAUGAUGUACGGAUAUCCUAUAUCAGUUUCUGGGCGCUGGUUAGCUCGGUGUUUUGCAUUGGAUCCGAUCCUCGUCGUAUUCCAGAAAAGUACAUGUCACUCUUGAAUCAUCCUACCAUGCUUGAAAUACAGCAAAGCGGCAUCAUGGCAAAACCCAUUGGUUCAGGAAACGCAUGGUACAACCGAAAACAAGUUUGGUGGAAGCGGCUCUCGGAGCAUCGGUUAUGCGUAGGUCUCUUUAAUGCCCAUGUGUACCCGUUUAUGCUGGGAAUGAGUCACGAGGUCAAGGUCAACUUUGAUGAUUUGAAUAUCACGGAAGCGGAUAUCAAAGAUGCUUGGACAGGUGAUCAUCUAGGCACAUUUAUGGGCUCGUAUAGCAAGACACUACGUCCAGGUCAAUGCCAAAUCUUGAUCUUGACAACUCCAUGA